UAGACUCUUCGGUCACUAUUUUUUCCUGUAGUCGCUGUAGCCGAUUAAGUUGUCUUUUUUAAUUAUUUUUUUCUCUUAAAGAACAUACGUAAAUGUAGUUUGAUGGCUCAUAUUUUAACUUUCUGGAUCGUUGUCGUCUACACUCUUACUUGAUGAUUGGUUUAUGACAGUGGCUAACUGUGCUAACUCUGUGAACACAAACAGAUGUAGAGGGAACCAGGGUUAAAACUGCUAUUUUCUUCCGUUGUGUUGGACUUUUCAUAAAGAGGACAGGCGUGGCAGCUGUGGUUUUAUCUGGGGAGGACUGCUAUUUAACCCCCCACUGAAGUAAUCCAUAUAGUAGCACACUUUCUCCAGCAGUCUGCCAGGUGGUCACAUCGGCAGCAAAAAAUGAUGGACUUUGACAAUGUGUUAUCGAUUGCUUCUCAAAACCAGGGCGGCAGUAAUGUACAGAAAAGAUACAGUUUACAAACCGGCCCACCAAAGAAGGACCCCAAGUCUAAGGGUGUAAACCCUGCAGCAAUACAGGCCCUCUUGAAAAAGCAACAGAUAGACACUAAGAUGAAAGAAAUAGAAAGCAAGAAACAGAAAGAAGAGCUCUUAGCCAAAAGGGUUGAGUUGAAAUCGGACCGCAAAGCUCGAGCUAUGGCUUCCAGAACUAAGGACAAUUUCAGAGGUUACAACGGUGUUCCAGUCGUAGAAACUCCCAAAAAAAGAAGAACAAAGCAAGAAAUGGAAGAAGAAAGAAAUAAUGUUAAUCAUUCAAAUAACUUCAGAAAUAGCAUAGUAGACCCCGAAGACGAUGAAGAUAAUUAUGAAUAUGAGCAAACAGAUUCUGAAGGAGAGCCGGAGCCACCAAGAAACUCUUUUCACAAUAGCAGUUCUAAGUCCUCAGUGAAACCAAGUGCAGCACCAAAAUCCGCUCCAUUCAACUUUGCAGACUUGCUUAAACUUGCAGAGAAAAAACAACACGAACCAGUUGAGUUGAAACCCAAGAUUGUAAAAAAGGAAGAAAGGCUUCGCACAGCUGAUGAAAUUAGGGAAUUGGAACUUGAACGCAAAGCCAAAAAAUUAGAUAAGUGUGUGAAGGGAGAGAGGUAUUUGAAAGAUGACAUGUCUCACUCUAGCUCAAGUUCCUCUAAAGCCACCCUUGAAAAAAAAUAUGAAUCACAGAAGUCAAGAAUAUCUGGCAGUACGGAGAAGCAGUUGCACAAGCAAGAAAAAAAUAAUAAGGUAAACUCUUCUGCCAAAUCAAGUGGUAAUGACAGAGAUAAACUCAAUUCAUCUCAUAAAGAAAAAAACAGAAUCAAACCAGGUUCAUCUAGUUCUGCCAGCAGUAAAAUGUCAUCCAGACCUUCAAACUCUGAAGUUUCAGCUAAACAAACGGGGACCAAACUUUCAUCUAGUCACAAAUCGGCAACCUCAAAUAACCUUACUGCCAAAAAAGAUAACUCCUUAUUGCAUAAAGGAAGAUCUGAGGGCUCUCCUGGAAGUCGGCCUUACAGUUCUGCUUCAUCAAGUCAAAAAAAUCAGCCACAGAAAAGAGAACCACAAAGACCAGGAACAAAUGCCCCUGUAAGAUCAAAUGUUGUACCCAAACCAGGAUUGAGCAGCUCAAGUAAACCAGGUCAACCUCAAGCCAGGCCAGGAGGUCCACCCCAGAUGAAAUCUGGUGUUAGACCUGGUGCCGGUGGGGUCAAAACUCAGAGUGUUGGGCAAAGCCGACCUGGUCAUGGAGGACCAGCUCCUGGAAGAGCCACUGGCAGUGCAGGUGGAGAAACACCCAGGUGUACUGUUGUGUCUGAAACCAUUUCAUCCAAGAAUGUGGUCGGGUCUAAAGCUGGUCUUCCACCACAACCUGGAAUGGGGCAGCAAAGGCCUGGAAUGGGGCAGCAGCAGCGGCAGGGAAUGGGACAGCAGCAGCGGCCGGGAAUGGGACAGCAGCAGAGACCCGGAAUGGGACAGCCGCAGAGACCCGGAAUGGGACAGCCGCAGCGACCGGGAAUGGGACAGCCGCAGCGACCGGGAAUGGGACAGCAGCAGCGACCGGGAAUGGGACAGCAGCAGCGACCGGGAAUGGGACAGCAGCAGCGACCGGGAAUGGGACAGCAGCAGCGACCGGGAAUGGGACAGCAGCAGCGACCGGGAAUGGGACAGCAGCAGCGACCGGGAAUGGGACAGCAGCAGCGACCGGGAAUGGGACAGCAGCAGCGACCGGGAAUGGGACAGCAGCAGAGACCGGGAAUGCCUCCGAGGCCUAUGAACAGACCCCCGGGGCCAAUGUUACCGCCCAUUACCUCUGCAUACAAGAGGAAAUUUGAGGAUGAGGAAGAUGACUACGAUUCUGAAAUGGAUGAUUUUAUUGAUGAUGGCGGUGAUGAACAAGAAGAAAUUUCCAAACACAUUAAGCAAAUUUUUGGCUACGAUCGAAACAAAUACAAAGAUGAAAGUGACUAUGCACUACAGUUUAUGGAGAGCAGUUGGAAAGACAUGCAAAAGGAGGAGGCCAGAAGCUUGAGAAUGGCCGUACAGGAAGAUCUGGAGGAGGAGAAGAAAGAGGAAGAGGAAAUGAAAAGGAAAAUGGGCAAAAAACCAAGAAAAAAGUGAUACCAGCUGUACCUGUCUCUAGGUUUCCUCAUUUCAUUCGCUCAUGAACCUUGAGUCCUUAGCUUCACUUCCAACAAUGUGUGGACAUAAGCACAUUGGGCAAACAUUUUAGCAGAAGAACAUAUAAUGUUUUUUGCAAAAAUACGGGGAAGGCGAUUUAAAAUUCACAUAUUUAUUUUUUUUCUGACUUCUGUGCUAACAGGAUGUGCUCUGCACACUGAUGUACAGAUUAAUAUAAGUGAUUUUUAGAUAAUGACAUUAAAUGUCUGUUGCAAUGACAUGCUAUUUUUGACUUGGAGUUGUUGCAUAUUUUUCAAUUAUUAUGAAUACAUUUUAAGUAUGCAGACUUAUUACAGAAGAUUGACAAUAUUUAAAAUGA